CGAAGUCAAGUAUCUUUUAUUAAAUAUAAAAUUUAAUAUCAUUUUUACAAAAUGAAUACCGUUGGAGUUUUCCUGUUCGUCUUCGGACUCGUUUGCUGCAUUUCCGCUUACCCAUCAGCGAUUUCCAGCGACCGCAAUAUGAGAGUGGUAAGAGCAGCUGCUGCGUUACCGGAUCCUCAUCAUCAUCACCAUAGCCACCAUCACGGAGGCUACGAGAGUGACUACUACGGCGGCCACGACUACCACCAAAGUUAUCCUCGUCAAAAUUACGGACACUCCAAUGCACAAGCACACUCUAAUGCUCAAGCUGCCUCAAUUAAUACACCAUUUGGGUCUGGUGCAUAUUCUCAAGCAUCCGCUGGAGCUGGAUCGGGAACCGGAUUUGGAUUUUUGAGAUAAAUUAUAUUAUUCUUUAUAAAAUA